AUGCUGUACCGUCUCUCGUCGGUCAUCGUCGCCGGAGCGCUGGUGCUGCUCGGCUCCGUGAACGGCGCCUCGUGCGUGCCGCGCGCGCGCAGCUUCAUCUAUGUCGUGCCCGACGGCUACGGGCCGGUGUCGCAGACCAUGGCUCGAGACUACGAGAGCAUCAUGACGGGCAAGAGCACGCCAGAGCGGCCCAACUCGGCGCAGAUUGGCGUCGACGAGAUGCUUAUCGGUACGGUGCGCACUCAGGCCUCGGACAACCUCGUGACCGACUCCGCCGCGUCCGCUACGGCGUUUGCCUGCGGCAUCAAGACUUACAAUGGAGCCAUUGGUGUCGACGACGAUGGCAAGCCUGUCGCGUCGGUGCUGGAGGCGGCGCAUCUGAGCGGGUUCAAGACGGGCCUGAUCGCGACGUCGCGCAUCACGCACGCGACGCCGGCAUGCUACUGCUCGCACGUGCUGAGCCGCGACUCGGAGAAUGAGAUCGCGGCGCAGCAGAUUGGCCAGACGCACCCGUUCGGGGCGUACUUGGACCUGAUCCUCGGCGGCGGGCGGCGACAGUACUUGCCGCGGUCGGCCGGCGGGCAGCGCACCGACGGCGUGGACCUUGUGGCGUGGGCGAAGGAGAAGGGGUACCAGUACGCGGCGGACCGCGCGGCGCUUGACGCGGCCACUGUCACCGGGGGCCGGGUGCCGCUGCCGUUCCUCGGGCUAUUCGCGAGCAGCCACAUGGCGUACGAGCUGGACCGCGACGGCGCCAAGGAGCCGUCGCUGCUGGAUAUGACCAAGCUGGCGCUGGCUUCUCUCGAGGAGGCGUCCAAGGGCUCGCAGCAGGGCUACUUCAUCAUGAUCGAGGCCUCGCGCAUCGACCACGCGGGCCACUCCAACGACGGGCCGGGCCACGUCCACGACAUCCUCAUGUACAACCAAGUCAUGACGCACCUCAAGGAGCACGUCGCCGCGCACCCGGACACGCAGCUGCUGUCCGCUGCGGACCACGAGUGCGGCGGCCUGACGCUGCCGGGCCGGUGGGACCCGCGCCCCCUCGCCGCCGCGACGCGCACCAGCGAGCACCUCGUCAACCUGCUGGCCGCGUACAAGGGCGGCGACCAGCGCGGGUACUUCAAGACGGAGCUGCUCCCCCAGUACGGGCUGGCGGACGCGACGGACGCGGCGACGGACGCGCUGCUGGCGACGUACAAGGCGCGCGGCAGCACGGCGCUGGUGGUGGCGAUGGGCCAGGAGCUGGCGCGCCGCGCGGGCAUCGACUGGUCGACGACGGGCCACACGAGCGUCGACGUCAACCUGUACGGCGCGGCCAAGGCGCAGGCGGGCAUGGCGGCGGCGAUCGGGGGAAACCGCGACAACACGGAGCUGCCGCGGUACGUGGAGCGCGCGCUGGGCGUCAACAUGGCGAACGCGACGGCGAGGUUGAGGGCGCACGGGGAAGGUGCGUGGGUGCAGAGGCGGGACGAGCUGCCGGCCAUCAAGCGGGCGGCGAACCUUGCGGCGUGGAACCACAUGCACUAG